AGUAGUCCGACGUGCCCGAAGAUUUCACUGCGGCUUAGACUUCAGCCGGACGGGGUCUGGCCUACCUUGUCCCCGGCGUACGACACCAAACUUGGCAAUCAUUGCACUCCGGACUCCCGAUAAGGAACGAAGUGCGGUUUCACUCUUUCGAUCGAACCUUUGAUACAGCGUACGACGAUUUGUGCAGUGCCAAAAACGAUACAGUGUCGUUCGAUUGAGAAUAAAAGUGUCGAGUUUGCACAACGAAAAGGAAGGAGGCAAGGGAAAUAUUUUUGCAACGAAUACAAGAAGACUGUAGCGCUGUCAUCGUAGUAACAAAUUUUUCAUAUUUACAAGUUAAUAUCGAAACAACCUACCGGAAGAUAUUCAACGCGUUCAUUUUGCAACAAGUUCGUUACUCGACAUAAGGAGAUCUAUUUUUUCACACGAACGCGCUCUAGUUGUAAUCAGUCGAAAACCUGGGCACAGUGUAAUUGCUAUAUUUGGUGAAAGUGUUGCUAUACUUUAUCGACAAAAAUGCAUCCCUCGCAUGCUAGAUACGCUUUGAUCAAGCAUCGAAACGCGCUGCAAGUGUACAAAAUUGCGACAAAAUGCUUCAGCACCGAUGUCCAGUACAAACCAAUCAGAAGCGUCCUCGUCGCCAAUCGAGGAGAAAUUGCCAUUCGUGUGUUCCGAGCAUGUACGGAAUUGGGAAUUCGUUCCGUCGCUAUUUAUUCAGAACAAGACAAAAUGCACAUGCACAGGCAGAAGGCAGACGAAGGGUACAUGGUGGGCAAAGGACUUCCACCUGUUCAGGCUUACUUAAAUAUACCGGAAAUCAUCAAAGUCGCGAAAGAAAACGACGUCGACGCUAUUCAUCCUGGUUAUGGCUUCCUAUCUGAACGAUCGGACUUCGCGGAGGCAGUGAUCAAUGCUGGAAUAAGAUUCAUCGGUCCUUCCCCGUAUGUUGUCCAACAAAUGGGUGACAAGGUGGCUGCGAGGCAAGCUGCUAUAGAUGCUGAAGUGCCAAUUGUUCCGGGGACAGAUGGACCAGUGACCACGUCCGACGAGGCAAUGGAGUUUUGCGUGAAACACGGACUUCCGGUCAUUUUCAAAGCCGCUUACGGAGGAGGUGGAAGAGGAAUGAGAGUCGUAAGGCAGAUGGAAGAAGUCCGAGAAAUGUUCGAUCGUGCUUCUUCCGAGGCGGCAGCCGCUUUCGGAAACGGAGCGAUGUUCAUUGAGAAAUUCAUUGAGAGGCCAAGACACAUCGAGGUCCAAUUGUUGGGCGACACCGCUGGCAAUGUCGUUCAUCUUUACGAACGUGAUUGUUCCGUACAACGCCGACAUCAAAAGGUCGUCGAAAUUGCUCCUGCGCCACGAUUAGAUCCCAAGGUCAGAAAUAAGAUGACCGAGCACGCUGUAAGAUUGGCGAAACACGUCCGUUACUCGAACGCUGGUACCGUCGAAUUUUUAGCCGACGAAUCCGGCAACUUCUACUUCAUCGAGGUCAAUGCUAGAUUGCAAGUAGAGCACACUGUAACAGAGGAGAUCACUGGAAUUGACCUGGUGCAAUCUCAAAUCCGCAUUGCCGAGGGUAUCACGUUACCUGAGCUAGGUAUGACGCAGGAAAAGAUUUCUCCUCAAGGAUUCGCUAUACAAUGUCGAGUAACAACGGAAGAUCCUGCGAAACAGUUCCAGCCAGAUACCGGAAGAAUUGAGGUGUUCCGUUCUGGAGAAGGUAUGGGUAUCCGGUUAGAUGGUGCGUCCGCAUUUGCUGGUGCGAUUAUUUCACCUUACUACGAUUCACUGCUCGUUAAGGUGAUAGCUCAUGCUGGUGACCUACAGUCAUCCUGUGCAAAAAUGAACCGUGCUCUCCGCGAGUUUCGUGUUCGCGGUGUGAAAACGAAUAUUCCAUUCCUUUUGAACGUGCUGGAGAACCAAAAGUUCCUCAACGGAAAUGUUGAUACUUACUUCAUCGACGAGAACCCGCAGCUAUUUCAAUUCCAACAGAGUCAGAAUCGUGCUCAGAAACUGUUGAAUUACCUCGGCACAGUUCUCGUGAAUGGACCAAGUACUCCGUUGGCGACCUCGUUGAAACCAGCUGAAAUAAAGCCCCACAUUCCUCAAGUCGCAUUAGGUGUAUUGGAUCCACCGAAAGGUUUCCGUCAAAUUUAUAAGGAGAAAGGUCCAGAAGCAUUCGCCAAGGCAGUAAGGCAGCACAAAGGAUUGCUUCUGAUGGACACUACUUUCCGUGAUGCUCAUCAAUCGCUUCUGGCAACUCGCGUCAGAUCUCACGAUCUUCUCACGAUCUCACCAUUCGUCGCACAUAAAUUCAGCAACCUUUAUUCCUUGGAAAAUUGGGGCGGUGCUACGUUUGACGUUGCUCUCAGAUUCUUGCACGAGUGCCCGUGGGACCGGUUGGAGGACAUGAGGAAGGCCAUACCUAAUAUUCCUUUCCAGAUGCUUCUUCGGGGCGCCAAUGCUGUCGGCUACACCAACUAUCCUGACAAUGUUGUCUACAAAUUCUGUGAGCUGGCUGUACAGACUGGAAUGGAUGUAUUCAGGGUAUUCGAUUCGUUGAACUACCUACCCAAUCUUAUUCUCGGAAUGGAGGCUGCUGGCAAAGCCGGAGGCAUUGUUGAAGCCGCAAUCUCAUAUACGGGUGAUGUGAGCGAUCCGAACAAGAAGAAGUACGAUAUGAAGUAUUACACAGACCUGGCAGACGAAUUGGUGAAAGCUGGAACUCACGUGUUGGCAAUCAAGGAUAUGGCAGGAUUAUUGAAACCAAAAGCCGCCAGAAUAUUGAUUGAUGCGAUUAGACAAAAGCAUCCUGACGUUCCGAUACACGUUCACACGCACGACACUGCUGGAGCCGGAGUGGCGUCGAUGCUAUCUUGCGCAGAAAGCGGAGCGGACGUUGUUGACGUAGCUGUUGACAGUAUGUCUGGAAUGACCAGUCAACCUUCCAUGGGUGCAGUGGUUGCAUCUCUUAUCGGGUCUCCACAGGACACGAAGCUUGAUCUCAGCGACGUUUCGGAAUAUUCUGCUUAUUGGGAGCAAACCAGAACGCUAUACGCCCCGUUCGAAUGCACAACCACAAUGAAAUCCGGAAACGCAGACGUCUAUCUAAACGAAAUUCCUGGAGGCCAGUACACGAAUUUACAAUUCCAGGCGUACUCUCUGGGAUUGGGAGAAUUCUUCGAGGACGUGAAGAAAGCCUACAGGGAAGCUAAUCUACUGCUCGGUGACAUCAUCAAAGUGACCCCAAGCUCGAAAGUCGUUGGUGAUUUUGCGCAGUUUAUGGUCCAGAAUAAACUUUCUGCCGGUGCUAUUGGUGAACCUCAUGGAGGAUUCCCGGAACCUCUUAGGUCGAAGGUACUGAAAGACAUGCCGCGCGUAAAGGGAAGGCCAGGCGCGAGUCUUCCACCGUUGGAUUUCGGCGCGUUGAAAUCUCAGCUACAAGAAUCUCAUCCUCACGUCACGAAUAAGGAUAUCAUGUCAGCCGCUCUCUAUCCACAAGUCACGAACGAUUAUUUGAACUUCAAAGACGAGUUCGGUCCAGUGGACAAAUUAGAAACCAGGAUGUUCUUAACAGGACCGAAGGUCGGGGAAGAAUUCGAUGUAACGAUCGAAAAAGGUAAAACGUUGGCCAUUAAGACUUUGGCUGUUGCUGAAGAUCUCACUAAAAACGGAGAGCGCGAAGUGUUCUUCGAAAUGAACGGGCAACUCAGAUCUGUGUUCAUUAAGGACAAGGAAGCUGUUAAGGAACUUCACGUGCACCCGAAAGCUGCCAAGGGAGAUAAAAAUCAAGUUGGGGCACCUAUGCCUGGUACCGUAAUCGACGUCAGGGUAAAAGUUGGCGACACUGUCGAGAAAGGAGCGCCGUUAGUCGUGUUAUCGGCGAUGAAGAUGGAAAUGGUGGUGCAGGCGCCAAAGGCAGGAAAGGUUAAGACGCUCGAAGUCACUCAAGGAAUGAGAUUAGAAGGAGACGAUUUAGUCCUGACCUUCGAAUAAAAUUCUCAAGCACACGAGACCGAAAUGUCUCUGGAAUUGCAGCGUUGUGUACGUUCUUCGAGCAAGAGUGCAUUUUAUUGAAUUAAUCAAAGCUGAACACAAUUAUCAUAUCUGCAUAUGUAAGUGAAGCAUAGAUAAUUGUGAUUUAUCUGAGAAUUUUCAGAACAUAAGGAACACAUAUUUCUUAUUUUUAAUCGAUAACUGAAAGAUGA